GCUGGACGAGUCCAGUUCUGAGUGCUCGAGAACAGACCCUUCAGAACCUGUACACCUUGGACCCAUCCCAGAAGAGCAGUAUGUAGGCGAAGGAACCGAGGAACCAGUGCCUCAAGCGCCACACGCCCACUACAGGGACGCAGAAACAAUCACAGAUGUUUGUAACAGCACAGAGCUCCCUGAGGUGGAGAUUAUCAGUCUGUUGGAGGAGCAGUUGCCGGUCUACAGGCUGAGGGCAGACUGUGUGUAUGGCUAUGAGCACGACGACUGGAUCCACACACCUCUCAUCUCGCCCGACACACGCAUAGACCUCACCUCAGAGCAGAUUGAGGAGACGCUCAACUACUUUUUACUAUGUGCUGAGCGAGUGGGCCAGAUGACCAAGACCUACAAUGACAUCGACGCUGUCACAAGACUUCUGGAGGAGAAAGAGCGGGAUCUGGAGCUCGCUGCCCGCAUCGGUCAGUCCCUCCUGAAGAAGAACCGUGUUCUGUCAGAGCAGAACGAAUACCUGGAGGAACAAGUGGGCACCAUCAGGGAGGAGGUGGCUCAGCUGCACCAUGAGUUGAAUCUAAAAGAUGAGCUCCUGCAGUUCUACACUAAUGCAGUGGAGGAGAUCGAAGAGGGGUCUGGAUCGCCCACGAGUCAACAGGGAAGGGCAGGAGUUUCUGCCCGUGGUGGUUCCUCUCUGGACAUUCUGCCAAAACUCAGAGACCUGGAGGAGGAAAAUCUCUCUCUCAGAUCAGAGGCGAGUCAGCUGAAGUCUGAGACCGAGUCCUAUGAGGAGAAGGAACAGCAGCUGGUGAAUGACUGCGUCAGAGAGCUAAGGCAGUCCAGCAUCCAGAUCUCCAGUAUAGCAGAAGAACUGGCCAAAAAAACUGAAGAUGCCUCUCGCCAACAGGAGGAAAUAACACACCUUCUCUCUCAGAUAGUGGACCUGCAGAAAAAAGCCAAAACAUUUGCUGUCGAGAACGAAGAACUUUCUCAGCACCUUUCGGCAGCUAAAGAUGCUCAAAGACAGCUUACAGUCGAGCUGCAGGAGCUGGAGGAGAAAUACUCAGAGUGCAUUGAAAUGCUCCAUGAGGCUCAAGAGGAGCUCAAGAACCUACGGAACCGCAGUGUGUCCGCAGGAACUCCUCGACGCUAUCACCCUCUGGGACUUUUUCCCAUGGACUCCCUGGCUGCUGAAAUUGAGGGAACCAUGAGGAAGGAAUUGAGUCUGGAGAAUCCUGACAAUGAAGAACAGAGGGUUCGUCAUAAGCGUGUGUUUGAGACCGUGAAGAACAUCAACCAGUCUGUCAGACAGCGAUCUGCUAAUUCUGCUACCAACAUCCCUGGGUCCAAUCAGACGCUCUCCUCCCUUGGCUCCGCCCUCUCUGACAGCAAUAGCAACAAUGCAGCGCCUGAUAACCGUACACAGAGCAUGCUCCAGGAGACCGGCCCCUCAGAUGCUGCUGUGGACGCCCCUGAGAAGCGAUCUGGCUCUGAGGAGCUCAAACUCGCUCUGAGGCGACUGUCUCUGCGACGGCAGAACUGUCUGAGCGAGCGUCUCUUCUUCGAGGGGGAGCGGGAGAGGCGUAAUCGAGAGCCAGCGGACAGUGGAGAUUACUCAAACAGGCUGGUGCACAGCGAGAGCAUUAUGUCCCUGGGCGCUUGGGCCAGCCGGCCCUAUCUUCCCGACAAGCUCCAGAUUGUCAAACCUCUGGAAGGCUCAGCUACGCUUCAGCACUGGCAGCAGUUGGCUCAGCCUAAUCUGGGUGGUAUCCUGGAUGCUCGACCUGGUGUGGUCCCGAAAGGCUUCCGUCCCUUGGAGCUGGACCUGGAGGAAGUAUAUCACUAUGCCGAUUAUGAGGAAGAUGAACCUGGAGAGCAGUAUUUUCAGAACCUUCCCACCACAACCACAACCACAUCCAAUUCCAGUGUCCCUCCUGCCCAUAGCCUCGCCCCCUCAGCCUCCCCGUCACCAUGUCUCAGCACAGGUCACGCUUCCAUAGAGUUCUCAAUGUAUUUCCCAGGCAAAUGCAUGGCUCACACAAGUUCAACCUACACCUUCACCACCUGCAAAAUCCUCCAUCCAUCUGAUGAGCUCACAAGGGUGACACCCAGUUUAAACCCCGUCCCCACCUCGUCCUGCGUGGUAUCAAGCAGUCUGCGCUCAACUCCUGCCGCCACGCCGUGUACCCCUCGGAGAAUGAGUCUGUCCCAGUCUCAGUCCUUCACCAACCUGCGGGACUCCACCAAAACCUUCAGCACAUCUUUGGGCCUGGUUCGCCUCCUGCAGGAGAGGGGCAUCUCUGCUGCCGUGUACCAGCCUCAGAGCUGGGACAGAGGAAGCGGAGGAGUCCUCUUCUCCACCUCAGUUCUUCCUCCUCCACCUCCCGACCCGAACAGACCCAUCACUCCACCAAAUUCCCCCACCCGUUGCACUCCCAGCCCAGGUUCAGCGGUUUCUGAUGCAGACACCUCCAUGCCUUUCUCUUUCAAGAGCCCAUCCUAUGAAAACUUCUUGGCUUCCAAGCCAGCAAGGUCUAUUUUGAAAGAGGUGGCAGGGGUGUCUGGGGCUCAGGCUAAAGACUGUGAGAGCCAAACUGAUGUCAGUAUGUACAGUCUCAACUUGGUUGAUAAGCUGAAAAGGUUGGGGUUGGCAAGCCCUGGGGCUUCUGGGGCAACGGGGGGAGGGAUUCCAAGGCCAAGCCCACUUAUAGGUCCUUUGGGUGGGCUUCGGAGGGCAGGGUCCCCCUUUAGUCCACUAAACGAAGGUAUGAGGAGGAAUCGAAGCUAUCCUGCUAUGGUUGGGGCCAGUAUGGCAAUGAAGGGGCCCGGCCCUCAAGGGGACGAAAUGCUACUGGCUCCUAAACUACCCAAGCAAACAAGUCUUAAAUAAUAAGUUAUGCAUAAUAAUGAAUCACACAAUCAGGGGAUUGUACCUCACUAACUUACUAACACAUAAUUCUAGUCAUAACUUGUAAUAUACACUAAAAAACACUCUCACCUAAAGUGAUAAUUCACCCCCCUCCCAAAAAAAGAAAGAAAAUUCUGACAUUUACUCACCCUUAUAUUAUUCCAAAUCUGACUUCACAGAAGACAAAAUUAUUGGACCUCUUUGACUUUUGUUGGCCUUUUCAGAAGAAACGUUUUGACAUUAUUUACAUGUUGUUUCAAACCUGUAUUUCCUUUUUCUGCUGAACACAGAAGAUGUUUUGAAAAAUGUUGGCAGCUAAACAGUUAAACAUUAUGGACAAUAAAAUACAGUUGAAAUCACUGGGAACCAAAACUGUUUGGUUAUAAACAUACUUACAUUCGAAACAUUCAAUAUCUUCUUUCGUGCUCAGCAGAGGAAACAAAUGCAUAAAAUACAAAAAAGAAAAAAAUACAGUGGAAAUCAAUAGGAACCAAAACUCUUUGGUUAUAAACACUCUUGAAAAUAUCUUAUUUUGUGUUCAGCAGAAGAAUCAAAUGCAUAAAGAUUUGGAACAACAUGAAAGUGAGUAAAUGAAGAGAGAAUAUUCAUUUGUAUCUUAAUAAAAACACACAUAUGCAGAUGGUAGUUUAAAGUGUUAUUUUAAUUCAUUAUAAUAGGUCUGUAUGUUUUCUCCUCACUAACUCCUUGAUUUGCCCUGUACAAUCUGAUGUGACAUGUAUCCUGUAGAGAUGGUGCUGAUUAUAUGUAACCUUUGACCUCACUUUGACUUUCCAGCCAGUGCACAUGCAGGAAGGAAAAAAUCUACAAAAACCAAAUGAACUAGAAAAUCUGCAGUCAUAUGUAUGGUUCAUUCACUAUGAAUAAGAACUAAGUUCAGUUAUUACACUUGAUGUGUAUUUUUCGAGCUGAGGGCAUUAACAGGGUAUAUGAAAAUGUAUCGAUCUGGAAUCAAUGGUGUUCUGUUCCUGCUUUUGGCAACUAUAAAAUAUUUUCCACGGUUGCCUACUGGUUUUGAAGGAUGGCAUUUGAGUUUCUGUAUUGAUGCUAGCAGAUAGGAUGUGCAGCAUUGGUUUAAUCACCCACCUCAACCAACUCUCUUUUCCUCCAUUACUCUGUCUAUAUUUAUCUGUCUGUCUCAGGGACGUCCUUCACUGACAGGAUGGCCCAGGUCUGUCUAUACCUUUUUUUUUUAGAAGACAAAUCUUUAAUAAUGUAGUGCCAGUUGUAGUUUUUCAUGUGAUGAGUGGGUGAAUGAAUUGAGGGUUAUUGGCUACAUGUAUAGACUGAUUUCAGAAAGUGCUGCUGUCUUGCUGGUUUUCUAUGUAAAGAAGCGAGUGCCUGUAUUUCAGUCAUCUGUCAUGUCAGAGUUUUUACUGAACAACUGGAAAACGUUGGAGAGCACUAAUGAGCACUGAGCACUUGUGUUUAUAGCGAUUUUAUUAGCUUUAUUUAUUCAUUUACCUUGUUUUGUUGUUUCAUGUUAUUUGAAAUGUGCACUAAGACGUUCUAAUGUGCUGUUUAACACCACCUGUUUCAUAACAUUUUUGAGAUUUAGUCGCUCUCAGAUAAUGGUCGUACAAGGGAAAGGCUUUUAGAUUAGUGACUUCGCAAUAAUGUUCGUUUGAAUUAUUUUAUUUUCAAAUAAAAAUACUGUAAAUGCAGAGAAAUAAAAUGUAUGCUUCUUGUCUACCCACAACUG